AUGAAGCUGCUUACUCACAACAUGCUGCAGUGCAAUAAGAAGGGCUGCACGAGCAACAACUACCCUCUGGCCCUCCAUGCCCAGGAGGUGAGCCGAGAGGAGAGCGAAUUUCGUCCCGAAUUUCUGAAGCACAUGCUCACCAAGCUUGACUACUCCGCUCUUGUCUUCGCCGCCAAAGCAUUGUCUAUCGAAAUCCCGGAACAGAUGCCAACCAACGCUGCGGACGAUGACAACUUCCUCCGAGGUCUGCAUACGGCUCUCGUCGAGAUCAACGUGAAGGAGGGCGAACUCAAGUGCCAGAACUGCUCCCGUUCGUUCCCCAUCAGCAAAGGCAUCCCCAACAUGCUUCUCAACGAAGAGGAGGUGUAA